AUGCCUAGUUCCCCAGAGAAGUCCGAGACAGAUGUCGACGCGUCCUUGUAUCUUCACGCCGAACUCCUCCCGAACAUCCGUCACAUCACAUUUUAUAUCUCAAUACCGGCCAAUCUAGGUAGCCAGAACAUCCAGCCCCUGAUAACCCUCUCAGAAUCCCGUCGAUCUGUCUCGGUAUCUUUACCGGCCCCCUUCGACCAUGUGGCAGAUACUAUCAAGCUACCCGCGCGGGUUAAUGAAGCCUCGCGGCGCGUUCUAGCCACCAGUAGACAGGGCGAUGCAGCUACAGCGGAUAAUGACUCGGGAGUCAGGCGACGUGAAUUCUCCUUCCGAAUGCAGAUUGAUGAGCCGGACGAUUCACUUCCGUCCAAGGAUCCGCUCAUCGAUGACUUCGUUCCCUGGACCGCGGCAGAUAUGUCUCCGUCGACGAGACUGCGUUGUAGCGGGUGCGAGAAUGUCAUUCUGAAUAAUCCUCGAUGCGCCGAUGGGUCUGGGGAUACCAGUCCAGCAGGUUGGACGUGGAAGGACCUGCCGAGCGGGAACUGGGCCGAGAUGAUGGAUUUCUGGCAUUGUCAUAAACCGGACCCUCCCGAGGGCCACCGCCAUGUGGAAGACCCCAAUGCUCAGACGAAGGGAUACGGCGCGGCGAAUCAGGUGGUGGCGACGGCCGGGACGGUCCUCGUGGAUGUGGCGACGUUUCUGGUGUCGGAGGCGGAUUGCGGGGGAUUAAAGAAGGUACAACAACCUACACCUGAAGAGUCCGCCCAGAAGAAAGAAAUAUCCUUGAACUGCGCAAAUUGCAACGCCUCGAUCGGUAUCGAAGACGCCGUAGCUCAGGGCUGGCGACUUUUCAAGACAAGCCUAUCCGCCAGCAUCCAUGACCCAACAACAUGGGAGACCCACCCCAUCGAGACCAUCGUCGCGGCCCAACUCCUCGAGCUCAUUGAGCGGCAAAGCGCCCGUCGCUUCGUUAUCCACUGUGGCAGGCCAAAUGGACUCUUACUAUGGGUCUUCAACCCCGACUUUCGGUACUCCAGCUCCAGCGCAGAACAUACCAUCUCCUCGCAGCGAGCGAUGAAGGUCCUCUUCCAGGAAGUCGGGGACGUAGAUACCAUUCUGAACCCUGCUCGGGGUUCGUCGCUGUCGUUGGAGGAGGUGAGGCUUCCUGAGUAUGUGUACGAGGCUGUUGAGCGGGAUCUGGAGGCCAGGAAUGAGAUGCUGCCGGCUUCUGCAAGGGCAUUUCGGGAGUGGAAGGUUGGGGCUUUGCAUCGGUCUGAGAGAAUGUGA